AGUAUGGACGCUUUGUCACCGCAUCGAGGCCAUCACUCGACCCCACCUCGGCCUAAUAACCCUUACGCGUCGCAGUUGCUGAUGACCCUUAACUUUGGGGAGAAUGCCGAAGCGUAGAAGGGGAGGGAGUGGUAGGGGAAGAGGAUGAGGGAGCCCAGGUGAAUUGGGAUGGCAUUGGGGGGGGUAUUUAGGGUCGAGAUCCGUCCCUUGCCAAGGUGCGGACAUCGAGAACAUCAGUCAAGGUCGCCAAUCAUGAGAGUCCUUUCUUUGCUAUCGCUGCUUGCGCUGGAAAUCUCCGCUGCCUGUAUCAAUGCCGAAGCUGUUACUAAACCACCCGCGGGCGCUGUGGUGGUAGACUUGAACAGCAAGGAUGCUGGCGUCUACAAAACUGUAAGCAAAAAAAACCUCCCUUCUAUCUUCUUCCUCUUUGCUUGGCUUGGAUUCGGUUCCGCUAACAAUUGGGCACAGAUCCAAGACGCUGUCGCAUCCCUCCCGAAUGAUAGCUCCAGUCGGACCAUCUUUGUCUACCCAGGAAAAUAUCGCGGCCAAGUGAUCCUGAGGAGGCCCGGCGCGACCACCUUCCAAGGCUACACUGAAGACACAACCAACCAGGGGGCGAAUACGGUUACUUUGUCGAAUUCUCUGGUUGCUUCGGUAGCGGGUUCCAAUGCCAAGAGCGCCACCCUGCAAAUCUACGCGAGCGAUACGAAAGUGUACAACAUGAAUUUCGAGAACAACUACGGGAACGGGGGGGGACCAGGCUCUCAGGCGCAAGCAUUGGCUUUAUCCCAAUCCGGCGAGAGAAAUGGAUACUAUGCCGUCGGUUUCUAUAGCUACCAGGUGUGCACAAUUCGUCUCCCUUCCUCCCUGACCCCGAACUAAUUGUGCCCCCCCCCCGUAGGACACGGUCUUCACCGCGGACGGAACCUCGUACUUCGGCAACAACUACAUCCAGGGAGCGGUGGACUACAUCUUCGGCAGGAAGGGUACCGCUUACUUCUACAAUUCCAUCCUCGCCAACAGCAAUCGCGGGUUCAUUACCGCCCAGGGUCGUGAAAGCGAUAGUUACUCCGCAGCAUUCGUGUUCGACAAGGCCAAGUUGAUCACGGUGGUGAACGGGACGGAUAACAAAAUGUACCUCGGUAGGCCGUGGGGGAACCACUCCACGGUGCUCUUCAAGAAUUCCGAUUUCGGAAACGUCCUGGAUGCCCGCGGAUGGACCGCCUGGAGCACCACGGACCCCAGGACCGACGCCGUCUACUACGCCGAGUACAACAAUAUGGGCGCCAGCGCUUGGGGCUCUUCCCGCGCGAGCUUCGCAAAGCAGAUUGGAAAGGACGAGGCGGAGGGGCGGUGGAGCGUUAAAGGGACGUUGGGCAGUGACUCGUGGAUUGAUAGCAGAUUCCGUUAAUGUCGUGCGGUGUGAUCCGGAUCCUUCUAGACUUGGGGGCGGUAGAGUAGAACGGGGGACGGGGCGAAUUUGUCUAUAAUACCAUCAAUAUUUAAUUGAA